AUGGGCUGCGGCGCGAGCGCGCACGCGCACGACACGCUGGCCGAGGAGGCCGCUGCUCGACAAGCGACGCGGGCCGCCGAGGCGCGCGAGGAGCGGCCCCUCGCGCGCGCCGCGGACGACGCCGCGCAGCAGAAGAUCCGGAGAGAGCACCGCGCGCAGGCGUCCGUGCUGAAGGGCAACGCGCUGCUGUCGCAGCACAAGUACAUUGAAGCAGUUCGAGAGUUCACCCGGGCGCUCGAGGUGCUCCCCGGGAACGUCCGCGCGCGGUACGAGCGCGGGCUGGCGUUCUCGCGCCUCAGCCGGCACCGCGAGGCGCUGCGGGACGUGACGAACGUCCUGCGCGUGCAGCCGGACCACAUGGGGGCGCUGCGGGCGCGCGCGGCCGCGCUCCUCGCCGUGGGGGACGCCAAGGCCUGCGUGGAGACGACCACGUCGGCCCUGAAGCAGAAUCCGCCGGAGAACGAGUGCGGGGACCUCUACGCGCUCCGCGCGGAGGCCCACAAGGCACUGGGGCACACCGCCGAGGCCCUCGACGACAUGGAGGCCGCCGCGCGCGCCGAGGACGAGGCGAAGCAGUGCGUCGUGUGCAUGGACGAGCCCCGCGGCUGCCGGCUCCUGCCCUGCAUGCACGCCGUCAUGUGUGCGGACUGCGCCGAGCAGCUCCUGCGCGACAAGUUCGCGUGUCCGAUCUGCGGCAGCGCGAUCCAGGGGUUGGAGAAGGGGCAGUUUAUCGACACGUUCGCGCUCGACAGGGACACGCCGACGCCGUUCAAGCACGCGGCGGCGCUGGCCGCGGAGGCGCCCUCGCCGGCGCCGUCGCUGCGGGAGGGGGACACCGCCGCGCAGAUGGCGGCGCUGGGCGCGACGUCGCGGCGCGGGGGCGGGUGGGCGACGGCGCUGGACACGAUCUACCAGGAGCCGUCGCUGGACGACGUCGCGGCCGCGGCGUACAACGCGCGCGAGACCGCGUCGCCCGACCGCAGCGCGAGCUUCUCGCCGGACAGCGGGCUGCGGGACGCGGACACGCUCGAGGGGACGCCCGACGCGGUGACGGCGGCGCGGAGCUCGCCCGGGGACGCGGCCGGGAGGCAGCCGCGCCCGUCGGAGGCGGGGAGCGAGGAAGAGGUGACCAGCGGGCCGGGGCAGGGGGUCCCUCCGCAGCGCAUGGAGCGGCUUGGGCGCAUGCGCGCGGAGACGACGCCCGAGAUCAUGGCGCUGUAG